GCUGAUUCUUCGCGGGGAGGCCAAACACAGGUCGUGGGAAAAUUCUCGAAUUAUUGUCUUCCCCACGCCCAACCCCAUGUUGCUGGCGCUAUUGAGACUCUAGGUUGAGUCGUAAGGAUAUAUUUAAAGCCUGGGGACAUUCCUUGAGACGUUGCUAGGUUGCUUUACAUUUUGCUGGAGAAUCAGGGCAACUCGACUCACCUCAGAAUCUGUCCACCAGACAGCAAUCAUGCCGAACUGGAACUUCUACUACAUCUUCACCAUCGUGGUCAUUGCCGCCGGGUCCAUUCCCAAAGGUUACGAUGAAGGCGGUUUCAGCGCGGCAACAGGCCUAAAGUCCUUCCUGACGGAUUUCGGCCUGACAAAAGACCAGUGGACGGGCAGCGCAGCCGAUCUAGCUUCGCGGAAAGCCAACAUCUCGUCCUUUGGCGUCCUCGGCGCCGCCAUCGGCGCCAUUCUCGCCCUCGGUGUGACAGACCGUAUCGGGCGCCUGCGGACAUGGCAACUCUUCACGGUGGUGUGGAUGACGGGCUUCUUCAUGGUCACCUUCUCGUCGGGCAUCCUCGGCCUAAUGCUGUUUGCACGGAUAUGGGGCGGACUGGGAGCCGGCGGGCUCACUGUCGUGGCGCCACUGUAUCUGUCUGAGAUUGCGCCGGCCAAGUCCCGAGGCAUGGUCGUGUCCAUCUACAUGGUUAUCCUACUCUCGUUUCUCAUGUUGGGUUUCUUCAUCAACUACGCUGCCAACAAGACUAUGCCGGCAACCCCAGCGCAGUAUCGCCUUGUCAUGGGUAUUCCUCUGAUCCCCGUCGGAAUCACACUAGUCGCCUCGUUCUUUCUCAGCGAUACCCCUCGCUGGUUAGCAUCCCAAGACCGCAGCGAGGAGGCUCUCGCAGUGCUAGCACGACUACGCAACGCCGACCCGACCGACCGCGAGGUGGAGAAGGAGUUUGCCGAGAUCCACGAGCAGCUCCGCGGGAAGCACGAGGUUCUCUCCGGCACGACGACGUGGACCAUCGUCAAGGAGAUCGCCACCACCCCGACCUACAGGGAGCGCUUCCUCUUGGGCGCCGUCAUGCAGACCAUCGCCCAGUGGAGCGGCGGGAACGGCAUCACGUACUACAUUCCCCAGAUUUUCGAGUACGCCGGCGUGCAGGGCGGCAACCUGUCCCUGAUCACCUCGGGCGCGUACGGCGCCGUCAAGCUGGUCUUCACCAUGGUCUUCACGUGGGGCAUGGUCGACGUCAUCGGCCGGAGGCGGUGCUUCAUGACGGGCCUGUUCCUGCAGUGCAUCACCCACGUGUACAUGGCUAUCUACAUGGCCAUCUGGAUCGACUCGGAGAACAAGUCCGCCUCCGACGCCGCCAUCGCCUCCGUCUUCGUCUACGCCGUCGGAUGGAGCGUGGGCCUCUGCACGGUCCAGUACCUCUACGGCACCGAGAUCUACCCGACCCGCAUCCGCAGCGUGUGCUACGCCGCAAACAUGACACUGCAUUGGUUCUUCCAGUUUGCCGUCGUCCGCGUUACCCCCAACAUGUUUGUCAGCCUCGACAUCUGGGGCGCAUACGUCUUCUGGGCGUGCAUCUGCGCUGCUGGCUUGGUCGUUCUCGGCUUGUGGGUGCCUGAGACAAAGGGCGUGCCCAUGGAGCGCAUGACGGAGCUGUUUGCCGGUCCCUGGUAUAUGGGGUGGAGGGCCAGGGUCGACCCGGACAGCCACACUGUGCCGCUGGAUAAACUGGAUUCGACGGAGAAGGGCGUGGUAACCGACGUAUAUGAUCGGAAGGUGGCAGAAGCAUAAGCGUUGCCAAAGACUGCUAGUACUAUAAUUUAUUGCACAUACCUAGAGGCCUCUUUACUCUUUUCACCUCGAGAAGUAAGCUGAUUCUUGUCUUCUGACGCCCUCCUUGCCGGAAUCAUGGGUGGAAUAGAGGCUGAAAUAGCAAAGAAUAACUCUAUAUCCAGCAGCGAGCCUUCUUCGAAAUUGUCUCAUAUUGGGGUGUAGGUCCUUUCUUCAUACAGGUAAUUACAGU